GUUCUGUUUUGCUUCCGGUUCAGGCAGGUCCUUGGUGGCAAGCACGCUGGUCUUCCCACUGCUGUCUUUUGUGGCUCUUCUGCGACCAGCCUUACUAGCCAGCCUGUGGCUAGUCAGAACUCCUCUUAGGCGAUCAGGACGAACAACUUUGGUUACGAGAGGGAACAAAUACCUCCCUGUGGACUAGUGCCUUGUCUGGCUUCAUUGGCAGAGAUGGUUACAGAGUGUCUCGGCUUGGGUUUAGCGUCCUUCCCCUCUUCAGCAUAAGGGGCCCCCAGACGCCCCUGCUGCCCUGCUAGCCCAGUCUUUCGCUACUCCCUCCGGGCAGAUGCUGCUUGUGAGAAUGCGGUGAGUAGAGGGCUUGCCUCUUGGUGCAAGCUGCCUGUGGGCAGAGGGUCCCCUUCCUAGCUGGUGCAGCUAAGACUUCCUCUGAUCAUCCAGGUUUUCUUGUCCUUGUGUAGUGUAUUGGGUGCUGGGUAUGCAUCUAGUGGGAGACACAUGCUCCUUCUGGGGUGGUUUGCCCACCUUUGGUCCCUACCCUGCACUCACACCUCUCCUGUGGCUCUUAGAAGCUGGCAGCAUACAACAGUAGCUACCCACCAUAAAUGGCUUUGACUGGUGUGCUAAACCAGGUUAGGGUAGCCGAUGGCACUCAAACCCUCUGCAUGAGAACACAGGCUACCAUGGGUUGAGCAGAAGAGACCAAUAUUGGGUCAAAUGGACAAGAAGACAAUUUCCUGCACAUGCUGUAGAGGGGAGUGAGUGGCAGACAAUGCUCAUCUGCCCCUGGGAAGGUAGCCCCUCUAGGAGAAGAAAAACUGAACCUAAACCUCUGCUGUCUUGUGGGAUAUUUUUGGGAGAAUAAAAGGCUAAGGAGUAAACUGUACACAAGUUUGGAGUGGAGUCCCUAAGGCGGUUGUAUUGCACCUUGUACUCCUCCUUUGGGCAACUCUUGCAGCCAAGUUGGUGCCAACUAUAUUGCUCUGCUUUCUUUUGAACCACAGCAGUGAGACUGAGAGUGGGGUAAUGUCAUGUGGGCAGCCCAAGGCUUCCAUACACACUGCCCAAGCUUGUGCCCCAGGAGAUCACUUUCUAAUGCAGCAGUUUGACUUCAUCCCUUGAGGCACUAUCUAUUUUCUCUUGAGACAGACUGAUGCCAAUGUCUUGCCAUUGCAAAGGGGCAAAGCGUGAAGGUUUUCGUGGGGCUUGCAGUGCAGCUUGACAUAGAGAUGCUGCCAGUCAGUGCAGGCAGCACUCAGCUAGAGGAACCAAGGAUCUGAUUCAGCAAAAAGCAACUUCUUAGGCUGGUGUUUAAAUUCAGACCAUAACAACUGAAAUCUUUAAAGUGGAAAUUUACAACACAUACUAGCAAAAGACUUCAGUUUCUGUCAUCUCUGUGUAGGGCUGUAAAAAAACUGUUUGAAACCUAGAGAGCUGCUGUCAGUUAGUGUAGUCAGUACUAGGAUAGAUGAGCUAGUGGUCUGACUUCAUUUUCCCCCACUUUUAAUUUGAAUACCACGUUUCUGUAUUGCUAUACACAAGGCAGUUUACAAGUUGGAAGAACAAAAAAAUACAACAAAAUUACACACAAUAUUACACAAUACAAGUAAGUCAUAAUAAAAAUGUGAUUUUAAAAUAAACAUAUAAAAUUAAUAUUCAGUAGAAUUUAUUCAGUAGAAUAUAGUAGUACAUAAUAACAUUAACUCAAAUUAUCACCAAAUAAUAAUUAAUUGGCAGCUUCUGACAAUCCUGUGUUAAGUAAAAGUUACGUUAUAUUGACACCUGAGUCUUAACAAUCAUGCAUUCAUGUAGCAUUUGUUCUGAUUUACAGCAUUUCUCUGUGGUCUUUUCUCAGCUGUGCUACUGGAGAGCCUUCCAUACCUGGGAUUGAACCUGAGUGCUCUACCACUGAGCUAUGGGUACCGCCCACAAUGAAAGCCAAGUCCUUCAGAAACUUGAAUCCCCCCCCCCCCCCCAACGACGUGCAUAAAGCAGCUUCUCAUGUUCCUGUUGCAGAUUAGUGCUUCUGGUACUGCUUAAUGUGUAGGAGGACCUAAGUGUGCACAGAUUCAUAGAACCAAAGAAUUGCAGAGUUAGGAGAGACCCCCAUCGGCCAUCUAGUCCAGCCCCCUGCAAUACAGGAAUCGCUGCUAAUGAAUGUUUCUUUUGAAUCUGAUCUUUUAUUUAUAGUUCUUUUUUUGUCUUUAUCUCUUCUUGGUAGCAGAUAUAAGUGAUGGAUGUAGAAGCAGAAAGAGAGAAAAUCUGUUGGGAGAUUGAAGAGCUGGAAAGGAGCCUGGGCCCCAAUGUCACAAGCAUCGAGUCCCAAGUCUCAAGCUCUAGUCCUGAGUUGGUCUCUGACAUUGAAGGUGCAAUGCUUGUUGAGUGUUUCUUAUGUCUUCUACAAUCCACAUUUAUUUAUAAAAAUAUUUCUAUUGCCACAGUGUAAUAUAUUAAAUAUAUUAAAGUGGUUUAUAACAAAAAAAACAGACAUUAAACCCAUAAAAGAUUAAUGAUACACAUCAGAUAAUCAUUGUAGAAGGAUGUUGUCUUAAUUGCCUGUUUAGUAGGCCUGGUGGAAUAGAAAAGUUUUCAGCAGCUGCCACAUCUCUAGUGGCAGAGAGUUUUGUAGGACUCGAUUGAUGACACUCAAAACUCCUUGAUGUCAAAUGAGCCUCACCAAUUCAGGGAACAACCAACAAAGCUGUAGCGGGUGAUCUCUGUGAUUCAGCUGGGAUAUUAUAAAGGUUUUGAUGAUCCCUGAGGUACCUUGGACUUAAGUGACUCAGAGCUUUGUAAAUUAAUACAAGGACCUUGAGGCUACCUUGGUAGUAGGUGGGAUUGUUACUUGAUUAGAGUUUGUGGGAUUUUAGUUCAAAUACAUCCAGAAUACCACCACAGUUGUUCAUCAUCAUGUCAUUCUUCAUCAUGCCAUUUAUCUAUGCAUGCAGAAGGCCUCAGGUUCAAUCCCCACAUGAGCCCGGGAAUGUCCACUGCCUACAAUCAUAAAUGUUUAUCUGAUAGUAGCCCUCAGAGUUCUUCUCACAUGCAUCUUAAGUUUGCACUCACCUUUGUUUUUAAACAUGGGCCUUACCGACAAAUAUGAUCUGAUUAAUCCUUACAGCAAGCCUGUAGGAUAUGCUGUUGUUAGUCUCCCUGUGUAGCACAUUAUGGCUUUUCUAACGCUAUCCACAAGUUGCAAUGUGAACCUACUUAGUACAUUAUCUUAACCACUACACACCAAGAGUGUCACAGUUAGGCUGCCUUCCUGCCAUGACUGUUUGAAAUUUUUGCUUUCUUUGCCUGUAUUCUGUCUAAUAUUUCUUUUCAUUUCCUGUCAGAUGACCUUGAUGGUGAUGAUUCCGAUACUCAUGACAAUAUGGCAAGUACCUGGUUCAAAUAUUAUCUUCCUGUUUUGGAGGUUUAUAUGUUACAUACACAAUCACAUCCUUUUUUGUUGUUGUUAAAAAGUUAGUCUCCAUGUGGAUAAAGGACUUUGCCCUUCUUUGUGGAAGUUCCAUCUAGGCCCCACUAAGCUGUUAUUAAAUUCCAGUUCACUUUUCUGCUCAUGAGAUCACUUGUGAGAAGAAACAUGAAAUGUGUCUCAAGCUCUGGGCUUUUUGAAAGGAAAGUGUGGGCUAGAAAUUUAACUGGAUAUUUAAUAAAUACAUAAGCAGGGCACUGGGCCUUUCAGUGAAAAAGGCUCCCAAAGUGGCUUGCGUAUAAUUUAUUUUACAGGUAACUUGCAUGUUAUUUUACAUUCUUAGUCUUCAUGCUUAUAAACAAAAUUACGUAAAUCCAGAACUUCCCCUAGAAAACCAUUUAAAAACUAUUUAAAAACUCACUGCAAUUACCAUUGAGGGGUGAAUGCAGUUCUUAGUCUUCCUCUUAGUCUUCCUCCUCUCCCUCACGGGAUGCUACUGCAGAUGUUACAAGGACCAGGAGGGUUGACUGAUAGCUAGAAGAAAUGCUUGGCUGUAGUUCAGAUCCAGAGGUGGGUUGUGUGGAUACAUCUGUUGCUGUUAUUGCUGGUUUAUUUGUGAGGAACAGUCAAACAUUCAGAGUGUCUGUGAUCUAGUCCAGCUCUAUGCAAUGCAGAAACGACAGCAUAUAUCCCUCUAUGUGUGUGUGUAUGUGUAGUCAUUUUGGCAGAAGCUUCACAGGAAUAAAAAAAAAGAUGAAUGAGUUGCAUUGCAGGGGGUUAGACUAGAUGACCCUCAGGGUCCCUUUUAACACUUUAAUUCAAUGAUUCUAUGCUGCAAGAAAAUAGUAUUUUUAUUUGGUACAGUUAUUAAGGUGUAUAUAAAGAGAGAGAACAAUUAUAACAACAGAUGACAAUUAAAGCAAAAUGAUAAAACUGGCAUGUAGACCAAGUCUAGUUGCAUAUGGGAUAAAAUAAAAAAAAUCCAAGAAAGGGCUAUCAGUGUUAUCAAAUUAUCAGAUCUAGUUCCAGAUUUGCCAGGCUUUCAUUGAAGGUUGUCUUGCAAGUGUAGAUGUCGUAAAAGAAUGCCAGAUCAUAUAAAAAGUGUCUGGCAGUUAGUUCUGUAUCUCAGAUUAGGCGUAAUUUUGUUCAUUCUAGCUAUCUUCCAGAGUCAGGGCUAUUGAGCUCCCAGUGUAAGAUUUGGGGCUGUUUUCCAUAGAGUUGUCAUGAUAGUUUGAGCUGGCAAGGUCAUAUAUAAGACCUUUUGCCAAUAUAUCUACAUUGGCAUCAUCAGAAGAAUUCACAAAAUUUAAUUUUGCACAACAAGCCAUAGUGUCUUUGGUAUAUUUAUUUCCAUGAAAAUCAAAUCCCGUAAAUCUUGCACCAACUUAUAUUUCCACUAUACAUGAUAAGAUGUACCAAGUUUAUUGCAGUCCCUCUGGUAACUAAGCAAUACACUAGCACCCUGGCGUACAUUACCCUUGGGUAACGUAAGCUUCGGGUUGUGAAAGCGGAAAACCCAGAAGUGUUUUGCGUGCGCGUAUGCGCAGAAGCGGUCCCUCUGGUUGCGGAAACCUCGGGAGAAAACAUGGUUGACAUUUGCAAAGGAAGGUGAUACUGUCUGUAGGAAUUUCAAGGGGCAUUCCCUUGAUGCAUCCAACUAAAUCUAAUUGCCCGCCUCUCUACCUUCUGUAAAGUCUGUUUUUUCCAGCCAGCUGAUCAACUCUUCCUUUUCUCCUUCUGGAUCAGGAGGUAGACCUCGAUGGGGAGAAAGGUGCUGGAGUGGGGAGUGAAGUGGACAUCCAUCUCCCUCAGUCCCUGGAGACCUGCCUGCACAUGAACAUGGUUUACCAGGAGGUGAUUCAGGAGAAGAUUGAGGAGAUCACCCUCUGGCUGGCCCAGAACAGAGAGCAGCAGGUCGGUGUUGUGGUGGGGCUGCUUUAAGAAUACUCUGGAAUGUUUCAGCUCUCUCUGGGGGUUUGUGGAGUUGUGUUGUAGCCUGAACAAAGCAGAUUGAAAAUAAAAUUGCCAAUAUAGUAAUACAAAUCUGUGGUGCAGCCAGAUUUGGAAGGCUGGUCACCUCAAAAAGAACAUUGCAGAGUUGGAAAAGCUUCAGAAAAUUGUGACCCAAAUGAUCAAGGGGGAAUGGAGCGACACCCUUAUGAGCAAAGGUUGGGACCUUUUAGUUUAGAAAAAAGGUGAGGAAGAGACGACAUGAUAGAAGUUUAUAAAAUUUGCAGUGCAUGGAGCAAGUGGAUGAGAAGAGUUUUACUCCUCUCUCAUAACACUGGAAUUUGUUGACAUCCAAGGAAGUUUAAUGCUGGAAAGUUCAGGAAAUAUAACAGAAGUGACUUCUUCACUGCAGCACAGGGUUAAAUUUUCUCCAGCAGGAGACAGUGAUGGCUUUAAAACAGGUCUGGACAAAUUAAUGGAGGAGCAGAACGCUCUCAGUGGCUACUAGCCAUGGUGGCUAUGCUCUGCCAUCACAGCUGUGCCUCUGAGUUUAUUUAUUUAUUAUUUAUUUAUUAAAUUUAUAUGCACACUUCACCAAAAUAUCUCAGGGCAGCUCACACAAUUAAAAAAAAAACCUAGAUAAAAGCACUAAUAAAUAGUUAAAACAGAAACAACAAAACAAUAAGUGCCUAAGAGCUUGCUGGAUCAGGCCAAUGGCCUAACUCUGCAAGCACCCUCAUCUCACUGUGGCCAACCAGAUGCCUGCAGGAAACCCAGGGAGCACAUUGUGUUCAGUGAACGAGACCUGUGUGUAGCUAUAAAUAAAUAUUUUGUGCUAUCAAUUCCCUUACAUUUUCACUAGUAGGAAUGCAUACAAAUAUUUUAAUGGAAUAUCUAAUAUGACUGAAUCACAUUCAUCUUUUGGGUUAAUUAAUGAAACUCAGUAGUUUGAUUGGAUUUUGAAUGAUUGUGCAAUUGUUACUGUUUUGAAUCUUACUGUGCUAUCUUCCUUAGCGGGUCAUGCAAGCUGCUCUUCCGAAUAAUUCUUUUUAUAGGGUAGGAGGCAGUGAGGUUGAGUUUAUGGAACCAAGGGGGUAGUGGCCCCAAAAGGUUUCAGAACCGCUUCCCUAAAUUUCUUGCAUUGCAGGGGGUUGGACUCAAUGACCCUUGGUGCACUUUCAACCCUACAAUUCUAUUCUUCUUCUCUGUCUCUCUUUUCAAUGCCUUGCAGGAAAAGCUGACAUGGGAGCUGGCUGGGACAAGAGGCACUAAGUCAAGCGACAGCAAAUCCUUGCCAGCAAAUUUGUUUCUGGGCCAUUUCAUGAAGCCGUACUUCAAGGACAUGACGUCAGGGUUCGUAAGUAUCCAUUGCUGGCCUCUCUUCCUCCUGGGGAUAGAGGUGGACAACCCUGUCUCCUUCCCUAGUUUCCAGCCCCCUUGUCUUAUGGCAAGAUUGACUGAUUGAUUACGUUCAUAUCCCACCAUUUCUCCAAAGAGCUCAAGGUGGCAUAUGCAUUUCUUGCCCCUCUCCAUUUUAUCCUCACAACAACUCUGUGAGGUAUGUGAGGCCAAGGCAGUCCUUGUCUCCAGGCCACACCCAGUGUGAUUCAAGGACAAGUGAGGAUUUGAACCCUGCUCUCUACCAGGUCCUAGUCCUCAUGUAAUUCCCACAACAAGCCUGUGAGGUAGGUUAGUCUGAGAGACAGUAACUAGUCCAAGGUCAAAUCCAGUGAACUUCAUGACAGCUUGGCCAUUUGAACCCUGCUCUGUCCCAGUUCAUAGUCUUCAUUUAAUCCCCGCAACAGCCCUUCAAACUAGGCUAGACUGAGUGAAGGAGUGGACAAACAUCACCUAUUGUUUCAUGACUGAGUGGGGGACUUCAACCCUGGUCUUCCAGGUCCUAGCCUAAUGCUCUAACCACCAUGCAUCUUGGAAGAUGAAGUGGCCAAAUUCUGGUUGAUGCUUGAUACUGCUCUUUGUUUGCAAUCUGGACUUGUUUUUAACCAGGUACCAAUGAGCUCAUUUAUAGCAGGGGGACUGACUUGAGACCUUCCAGUUGUUGCUGGACUUCCCCUUAUUGCCCCUGAUCUCUGGCCAUGCCAGCUGCAGGGGCUGAUGGGAGUUGUAGAGCAGCAACACAUAGAAUAGGAUAGGCUCCCCCCAUAUACACCCACUUGACUGCUUUGAUCAGGAGAGCUGGCCCUGUUACAGUAACCCUGUAAUCCCUGUUCCAUAUCUGCAAUACAUCCAUCCUUUACUGUGACGGUGCCUACACUUGGGAACUCCCUGCCCAUUGACAUCAGACAGGUGUUUCCCUGUAGUCUUUUCAGUGCCCACUAAAAAACUUUUUUGCUUAGGCAAGCCCACCCAGAUUUUUGGAAAUCUGAUGGAAGUUUGAAUCUGUUUUUAAUCUAUCACUGUUUUAACUUUUGGAAAGUGUUAAAUUCUUCUUAUUUAUAAUUUUAAUGGUGUUUUUUUUUGUAAACUGCUUUGAGGUUUGUUUGUUUGUUUGUUUACAUUCAAGCAGCACUUUUUAAAACAAACAAAUACAGUCAUACCUUGGAUUGAAGUAGCUUUGGGAUGAAUAUUUUCGAGUUGCGCUCUGCAGCGACCCGGAAGUAACGGAGCGCGUUACUUCCGAGUUUUGCCGCUUGCACAUGCGCAGACGCUAAAAUGACGUCAUGCAGUCACGUCUUACAUUUACUUCAGGAUGCGAACGGGGCUCCGGAACGGAUCCUGUUCGUAUCCAGAGCAACCCAUGACCCAUGCAGAUACUUUUGACACUGUGCACACUUUUGAAAACCACCAGUGGGGCUUGUCUGACAACAGAGAUUGAGGACCAAAGUGGUAUUUUUCUGUGACAUCUGUAGUGCCCUUUCUCUCUCCCUCUCCCCCUCUUUAGGGCCCUCCUGCCAACAGUGACGCCAGGGAAAAAGCAAAACAAGGGAUCAAGUCUUUUGCGGAGCUGCUCACUAUCAAAUGUAAGAGGGAUUUGGGGGGCUACCACAACAUACUUAUUUUAGGUUUGAAUUGAUUGAAACCUUCAGCAUGAGCUGACUUGGUUUCUGGAACCAUGGAAUUGUAGAGUUAAAAGAGGGCCGCCACCCCCCCCACCCCAAGAGUCAUCUAUCCCAAUUCCCUGCAAUGCCAGAAUCGCAGCUCAAGAAUCCGUGACAGGUGACCAACCAGCUUUUCAAAACUCCAGCAAAGGAGAGAGCCCACCACCUUCCUUCUCUGUUUCCAACAAAUAGAAGUCAAGGGAGCGAAUGACGAUGGUUGGAGUUUUCCUAUCAGCAGCAAGGCGUCUAGUCCACUGGGGAAAUGGGGCAAAUGACCCACCAACCUCAGUCUGUCCUUGGUCAGCCCCCACCAGCUUGCCUUAUAACAGCAGUCUGGGGUGGGGUGCUGUUGUUGGAUAAAUUUAUAAAGGGUGUGCCCCAGUUGGGGUUCCCAAAGGAACACCAAAUAGACACAGACUUUAAAUGUGAAAAAAAUAAAUAUUAGGCCUUUAUUGAUCCAAACGUAUGUAGGAGUCAGUCUCCUGAAAAACUAGGAGCAGGCUGCGAUUUCCAUGCUCUUAAAUCUAGUCUAUUGUACACUGCUAAGCUACACAUGUAAUUACAAAAUAACCAAAUGAUUACAACAAUUUUUUCCAUCCAACAUACUGUCAUCAUUCUUAAACCACUCAAUAGAUCCUUUGGCUCUUUUCACCUGCCCACCCCAAAUUUCUCAUCUAUGACUUGCAGCAGAAUGUUGGAAGAAUUUAUAUACAGUUCCCCAAAGGAAUGCCAGUAGACACAGGCUUUAAGUGAGAAAUUAGGCCUUAUUAAUACAAAUAUACAUAGGGUUAGCCUUCUGAAAAAUCAGAAAGAGGCUGCCCUUGGAUGCUUCUAUAUGUGUCCAGCUACACAGCUGAUGACCACUUAAUCAAUCAGACAAUUUCAGCAAUUCUUCCCUUCACAGUUAAACAGUUACAAUAUGUUGGCAUCAUUAUUAAACCUCUCAGAGAUUAUUUGGCUGUUCUGAGCAGUGCAACCCAACCUUCUCAUUCUAUUGCUAACACCAGAAUGUUAGAGGAAUUUGUAAAGGGUGCUCCCUAACCCACGUUCCCCAAAGAAACGCCGGUAGAUACAUGUUUUAAAUGAAAAACUGCUUUUGGUUAUCUAUGUUGAUAUCUUUGUUCUCUUCUUGACCCAGGACUUAGUGUAACUACUAUGAUUGGCUGAUCUGCUAGUAUUUUGUUCUCUUAUUGUUGUAUCUUAUCUGUUUACCUUCCAUUCCUUUCAGUUGCGCUAUAAGCUGUAACAGUACACAGUCGUGUGCACAUUUCUACUUAAAAAGAGUGUCUGUUCUAUUAGGAAAGGUUUAGUAAAGCUCACACACAGAUUUCAGGCUGUCAAACUCUAGCUGCCCAAAAUGAAUUCAGGGAUGGAAUAAGAAUGGGGAGAUACUCCUACAAUCAUGGACCCGCCUGCCAGCUUGCCCUUCUCAGCCCCAGUGUUGCCCCCUCAGCUGGGAGGAGGAGAAUGGGGACAAAGCUAGAUUGAGUUGGUUCCACUCUCAUUGGCUUGGGCUCCCUGUCUUCCACCCCACUAAUCCCAAAGAGGAACGCAGCUACUACUGAGAGAGAGAUGGGGACAGACUAGAGAGAGUAGACUCUGCCUUUUGUUGGCUAUGGCUUCACCUCCCCUUGGACUCCUGGCCUUCCUUCCCGCUACUUGGUGACCUUCUGUAACACCUCCCCCCCACCUUGGUCUUCCAUAGGGAAAAGCCAAGAGAAGCUGCUGCUCCGUCAGUCUGUCAUGAGUGACCAAUUGCAGCACCUGCUUCAGCCCAAGCUCUUGAAGUAAGUACAGAAGGGGGCUCCCGCAAAACGCCCCCCUUUCCCAAAGAAGUGGGGCUGGGAGAGCAAAGUAUUCUGUGCUGAAUCAGGGCCUUUGCUCCAUCUAGCCCAGAAGUGUCUUGAUUUUCCAAUUCUUGUUACCUCUUAGUUGUCUUUAUUUGUUCAAAAACGUUUGGAUAGUUGACUUGUGGCUUAUGGAGGGGUUACGUUCUGGGGAUAUCACAUGAAGGUGGAAUCCCAUAUAGCACAAAACAACCCUUUGAAAACCGGGAAAUGGCCAUUUUAAAACAUUGGACAGCGCUUAACUGCUUUUAAGCUCUCCACCUUGCUUCCUGGGCUCUGGCUGUCUGAGUUCCUGCGAGAUCCCUCAAUAGUCUCCCAGAGCCUGGCAAGCAAAUCUGAGAGCUUAAGAGUUCUUUCCGCACCUGGAAAACUGACAUGGAAAGAGCUUUUCAGUUCUCUGCCUUUUGUGUAUUUAAUUUGUGCAAUUUUAGAUUUGUAAAGUUGAAAUCACACAGGUUAAAUGUGGCUAAUUUGUGAGUCAUCUAUACCUUGCCGUUCCUCAUAGUUCAGACACAGUGGGGCUGUGCUUUCGUCUUUGACAAAAAUAGCAUUUGCCUCGUGAAUAUGCACAGCACUUUGAGGCUGAUGCUCAUUUCUUUGUAGCAACACAAAACCCCAAGGUUUCUAGGUUAAAAAUGAAUUUUCCUUAUCUGAGACACUCCUUAGCUUUGACCUGUGUGCAAAGGAACUGAAAUUGAACUUGACAUGAGUUUUAGGGUGUGGUCGAGAGAUACAAAGUUUGAUGUCCAGAUUUUCUAGUAUUGUUCCCAGUGCAUUCGUUGCAUGCUUCUUUUCACACAUAUGUGAAUGUCUCUUAAAUGUUUUGGAAAUGUUUCUGACCAGGCUUGACUAUCUCAAUGAGAAGCGGGAUAAAUUGGAGGAUGAGAUGGGGAGGCAGAUUUUGUGGAAGCAGAUCCAGGAAACAACACAGGAAAUAGAAGAUAUCAAGUAAGAAGCCUGCUAAUUAUUAUUUUCAUAAUUAUUUAUAUCCUGUCUUUUCCCCAGACGGCUUACAUAAAUUAAAAUGACACAGGCAAAAUACUAAAAAUGAAAAACGUAUGAAAUAUAUUUGUCAAGAUGUAAUUGAAUUGAGAUAGAAAUAAAACAAUAUAAAAAACAAAUUUCUUAAAACACAAACAGUAAAAAUAGCACAGCAUUAUUUAAAAGCCCUUCCAUUUUUUUUAAAAAAAACCAACAGUCAGUUAGCAAAGGCCUGUCAGAAUAUCUUCACCUGCUAGCAGGAAAACAACAAGGAGGGAUGUUGUCUAUUUUCUCUAGCAAAAUUAUUAAAUUAUUAAAUUUAUCAAGGGACAUUAUUAAAUUUGUUUAUGUUACCUGCCUUCCAUUUUAUGAGGCCUGCUGAAAUUCUCUAGAUUUCAAUGACCCUAAAUGGCUCCCUGUGCCUAAGCAUGUUGUUUGUUGAAGCAGAAAAAUUGGCAAAAUAUACAAGGGUUAAGGAUUAUUCUUUUAAUGAGUCAACACCUUUAGUAGCACCAUCACCUGUGCCCCAGACUUAUGCCAAUGAGUGAUAAAACAUUUCCCAUUACCAAGUAGAAUUUUUCAACCAUCUUACAAGAAAGUUCACCAUGGCAUCUGAUUGGUUGUGACUGUAGCACACGUGAUCAUCCCUAAACCUAACUAGAUAUCAUUGUUAUUAUGUAAGAAUUCUGCCUUUGUAUUUAGCUAGGUUGCAGAUCUUGUCUAGUUUCUCUAGGAAGGGAGUUCCAAAGCCUGGGAACAGCCGCCAUCAGUACGGCCCUCUUCUGCGGCUCCACCAAGUGGGAAUUUGGGCCUGUGAGGGUGCCAGAACUGAGAGUUAAGGUCCCAUCUUGCAGCGCUUGGUGAGAGAGCAAGAGGGCAGUAGCACAGCUCAGCCUGCUGCCUUGGGUGCUGGUUUCUCCCCUAAAUGUCGCUUCUGUAUCUUGCGGAGUCUAGCCAACUGCCGGAGGGAUCUUUGUUGGGGAACAGGUUGGAUGAGCACGACUGGGAGAAGAUCGCCAACAUAAAUGUGAGUCGUUGUGGGCAGGGGUGAGGUGGGCUCCCCUUCAUUGCUUAAAAAUUGUUUGUGAUGGGGCAGCUAUGGAAGGAGGGUGGCCCCUUGCGCUUCAUGUGGCCUGUGGCCUUUUUAUUCGUGGUGCAGGCUGUGCGGUCCCUUUUACUCUCCCGCAUCUCCCUAGUUUGAAGGAACCCGCAAUGCGAAGGAGUUGAGGAAGUACUGGCAGAACUUCGAGCACCCCAGCAUCAGCAAGAGGGAGUGGAAUGAGGAGGAGGUCGAAAAGAUGAAGGAAAUUGCCACCAGGCACAACUGCCAGGACUGGGAAGCCAUCGCCCUGGAGUUGGGGGUGAGGCCCAUGGAUCGGGCUCUUGACUAGGGGUGGGAAGGAGUCUGGGAAAGGCACUGAUGCUGCUGUGCGAAUAUUAUUCAUUGUUAUUUAUUUAGAGCAGUGGUUCCCAAACAUUUUAGGGCCCCAUCCCCUUGGUUCCACAAACACAUCCCCGGUGCCCCCCACCCUACCCUUGUAAAAAGCUUUACAGUGGUACUUCUGGUUAAGAACUUAAUUCAUUCUGGAGGUCCGUUCUUAACCUGAAACUGUUCUUAACCUGAGGUACCACUUUAGUUAAUGGGGCUUCCUGCUGCCGCCGCACCGCUGCUGGAGCACAAUUUCUGUUCUCAUCCUGAAGCAAAGUUCUUAACCCAAGGUACUAUUUCUGGGUUAGCGGAGUCUGUAACCUGAGGUACCACUGUAUUCAGAAUAGUGUUGUGCUAUGCCUACCCAGGAAUAAUACACAAUAAAGCUCAAAACAGUCCCAGUUGAAUGCACAUUCAUUUAAAAUCCAGUUAAAGCUAUGAAGUUUAAUUAAUUCAAGAAAAUUGAUGCAGUUGAACCAGUGAUACUAGUCUGAUUGUUAUUUGCACACCCUGCUGUCCCCUUGCCUAUUAGUGCCCUCCUGUGGAAUCCUAUUCCCCCCUGCCCCCAAAGCAUUAAGGCAAUGCAUCCAGAUAGGGAGUAGAUCAGUGAACAAAGAACUAAUCUUAGAACAUAAACAAUGGCCUUUAGAAAUUAAGUGGGGAGGUUAGCAGUUGCUAAAAGUUUGGGUUAAGUAACCUUUUUAAGGCUGGUGCCUGGCAGUUUUGUGAGGGGAAGGCAUUCCACAAGUGGAAGAGCCCUCCUAGUACUAUGUUGAUGCUUGGCCUAUUUUCCUGCAGUGCCCUCUUAAUGUGCUUUUUGCACCAGACGCUUUCUCCCUGAGAAGGCCAACUUGGGGAACUCUUAACAUGGACAGCUGCUCCACCUGUGCCUCCUCUUCCCUCUCACACUUUUGCUUCCUCUCCUCACCCCUCCUCUUUGCUUUCCUGUACUCUCCAGACACAGCGCACAGCUUUCCAAUGCCUGCAGAAGUUCCAGGCCUCCAAUAAGGAAUUCAAGAAGAGUGAGUGGAGCCCAGAAGAGGACCAGAUACUCCUGCAGCUGGUCCAAGAAAUGAGGGUUGGGAAGCACAUUCCGUACCGGAAAAGUAAGUAGUGUCCCUGGGAGAAAGACCCUCCUCCUCGCAAUGCCAGUACCUCCCCUUCUUUCAUAGUUUUCCAUGUCAAGACUGUAGCCUAGCUGUUCCUGGAUGAGGAGAGCCUGACUGCUGUAGUCCAUGCGUUUGUAACCUUGAGGAAGGACUACUUCAGUGUAUUCUGUGUGGGGCUGCCCUUGGUUCUGGCUUGGAAGUUCCAGCUGGGGCAUAAUGCUGUGACUAGACUGAAGACAGGAGCUUCUGGCUGAGAACAUGGAACACCCUUGUUAAAACAGCUGCAUUGGCUGCCCAUCUCCUACCAAGCCAAGUUAAAUGACCUUGUAUUACUUUGCAAAACCCUGAACAGCUUAGGUCCAGUGUACCUCUGGGAUCACUUGAACACUUAUGAUAGCCCAGUUUGAACACUGAGAUCCACUGGAGCAUUGUUGGCUGCUCCCCAAGUUGAUGAGGCUCGAUUGAUGACAAUGAGAAACCAAUGAGACACCCUCUUCUAUCCAUCUACAGUUGCCUAUUAUAUGGAGGGCAGGGACUCUGCCCAGCUGAUCUAUAGGUGGACCAAGAGAGUGGACCCCAACUUGAAGCGAGGAGCCUGGACUCCAGAGGAAGAUGCUGUAAGGCCCUUUCCUGUUGCCUUUGGGGGUGGGGAUUAGUGUAAACCUAAUAAGCUGAUAUUUGGUCCAUAUAGCUCAGUAUUGCCCACACUGAGUGGCAGUAGCAACGACUCUCCUAAUAGUUCAGUCAGGGAGUUGCUUCCUAGCCCUACUUGGAGAUUGGACCUGGGACCUUCUGCAUGCCAGUCAGGUGCUCUAUCACUGAACUAUAGCCCUUUCCCUUUAGCAUAAAGUUAGAUACUAGUCCUCAAGGUUCUGAACAAAGGGCUGAAUUAAAUAGGAAUAUAUGGGAAAGUGCUUUAUACUGAGAUGUAUGAGAGAGAUAUACUGAUGGGUCUUCAGAGACAGCAAAUACUAUAUAUCCUUCAAAUUUAUCGGAGAAAUGUUAAAUUAAAUAUCCUCUCCACAAGCAUUCCUGUUUGGAAGGUGGAGCAAAAGCAUUUUCUGUCUCAUUCAGAAAGGGAGCCUAGUCUCACCGAGAUUGGGUGGGUAAGGCUUUCUGAUCGAGCAACAUCAUCUAGCAUCACUACGGGAUUUCAGUAGGUUGUUUCCAUUGCUGAGCUACUACUAAUCGAUAAUAAAAAGUGUACAAGCUCUUUGUAUUUUAGACUAUUGUUUGGGCUCAAGUCCAGUGAUAACAGAGCAGGUGAUACUGGAAACAAUAUGGGAAACACUUUCCUAAAAAAGGUAGACUGACUUAGAGCCCUGCCAGGCAUGGAAAGAGCAGCUUUACUCUCCACAGAUAGGCAUUGACACUUCCAGCGCUGUUGUCUGCCUCCUUGCUCUAGGUCAUCCCACCACUCACAUUAGGAAGUGUGGCUCUAACCACUACACCACCACUACCUCUCUCCAGCAUAGAAGAGAGACAUUAGUGCUUAUUUAGACUGCAUGUCUAAUGCAUUUCUGUGUUUUUCAAUUCAAGUUGCUCAAAUGCCUUUUAGGUAGCAAGUGACCACUAAGCUUAAAUAAUAAUAAAUGUCAUGUGAAGAAUCGGCUUUUGUGUGUCCCCUUCCCGUAGGUGCUGCUGAAGGCUGUUGCUAAAUACGGAGCACAGGACUGGUACAAGAUUCGGAUGGAGGUGCCUGGCAGGAAUGAUAUCCAGUGCCGAGACAGGUCAGUGUCCCCUUCCCUCACAUGGAAGAUGGAGCAAGCUUGUUUCUGCUGCUCCAGAGGGUAGCGUUCAGACUGACAGAUUGAUUGACUGAGUUGAGGUGCAGUGGCCUGAGGACAGAAGGAGUGUAACACUCUGCAACAUCUUUUUUUUCUUGCCCCCCCCCAAUUGCUGCAGGUAUUUGCAUGCCCUGCACUGUGACAUCAAGAAGGGCAAAUGGAGUGAGGAGGAGGAAAUGAAGCUCAUCGAGCUGACUGAGAAAUAUGGCGUGGGUAAGGCUGCUCUUCCUUGCAGGGAGUUGGACUAGAUGACCCUUUGGUGUACCUUCCAGCUCCACAAUUCUAUGAUUAUAUUACCUUGGAAAGUGGCAGACUCUUUUUCCUUGGGUAAUUUUAAAACUUGGGGCACAGAAAUUGUAGUUCCUGGGAUUUCAUGGCUAGUGUGCAGUCUGAAUAAUAGUCAAGUCAAGUCAUGCAAACUUUAUUGGCAUCACAUAGGAAAUUCAGAAUACAUUCAGAAUAAAUAGGCCAGUGCGAUCUCGUCGCCAUUUCAACAGUACAGUCAUUUGCCAAAGGGAAGAAGAGGUGAGCAAUAUCUUUCAUCUCUGUGGGUCUCCAGCAAGUGCAGGAUCCUGUAGCGUACUUCGGCGACAAAAAAUCAAAUAGAGGAACUUAGCUACUGUCUUGGUGAGCUCCUGGUCUCUCCCCUGUAAUAAGAAGUUUAUAACCUCUGUCUCUGUAAAUUCUCCUAACCUCUACUUUAAGGCCUUUGAUUUUGUUAUCAGUCCACUCGCCGAACCCCGAUUUCUUAGGUGGCCUGUGCAAGUGAGAAUGGGGCAGUUCGGUUAUUAGGAUGCCCAUAAGCUCCUCAAACCAAGCGACUCUAGCUACAGGAGAAAGUUCACCACUCCCUACCGAGAUCAAGUGAGUCACACGAUCAGAAUACACCAAGAUUUGGAAAGACGAUAGAGUAUGCUCGUUAAUUCGAAUCCUUAUGUACUGAGGACAUGGUACCUGGAGGAGUGGAUUGAUUAAAUUUUAUGGCACUCUCGAUGGAAGGACAAAUUUACAUUGAAGGGAGAGAUGAUCACUAAGCAUAGGAUCGCCUAUGUGGAACUCAAAUCACAUAGGGCAGCAAUUUAGUGGGGACCAGAAUAUAGUCUACCACACUAUUUCCUUGUGGGGAGAGGAAGGUAAAGUUCUCAGAGCCUUCCCAAUCUGGCAGCCCAUUGAGCCACACCAAGGCUCUGGUGGUAGACAGCUUGGUGAGCCGUAGGCCUGCCAGGUUGAUUUCUAAGUCCCAUGAUUCUUGUUCCCAUAAGCAGAAGCCAGGAAGAGCCGUAGAGUCCAAGAUCUCCCAAGCUUUUGUAUAUACUUCCCUCCCUUGGCCUAGGUGGGCAUUAAAAUCCCCUGUCAGGACAAUAGGUAGAUCAGGGCAAAUGGUGCCCAAAUUCUUGAGCACGUGUGCAAGGAGAUCCCACUGAUGGUUCUUGGCUAUGGCAGUAGAGGUGGGAGGAAUAUACACAUUGACCAGUAACAUGACCUGGCUCUCCAGCUCUAUCUUUGUUGCUAAAAGUUUGCAAUUUGCAUAGCCAAGAGAAUGUGUUCACAUUUUAUAUGGGGGGCCACCAGGGUUAGCAAGCCACCCGAGACCCUGCCUUUGUUGUGGAGUUUGACUGCUGGAAGUGCAAAGACGUUAUAGCUGGCAAAGUCAAUGUGCCGUGUUGACCAAAUUUCUUGUAGACAAACUAUAUCGUGCUCUCUUAUUAACUUAACAAAGUCAGGAUAGCAUAACUUUGAGGACCAUCCUGCCACGUUCCACUGCAACUUCAGGGAAGAAUGUUGCACUGGGUUCCCUACCUUGGCACAAGUGGGUGUCAUUAGAUUGACUAUCACUAGGGGCCCUGGGCGGCACCUGUAGCAAUUCCUCUAGUUCCUCAGGGGUGCCAGUUGUUAGAGCAUGGUCCCUGGUGUUGGCGCUUCUUGAACUGGCUGCUGUCAACUCCUUGUUCAAAGUCAAGUAGCCAAGUUUGGGGGCAAGAUCGCCAGGGCAGAGCAUCAAUGGGAAUGUCCGUCCCAGAAAUUGUUCCCGGGAGUUCUUCUUCUGUUGAGGUGUCCUCUAGUGCCAGCAUAGCCAAGUCAACAUUUGCGGGGCAAGAUGAAGGUUGAGGAACUAAAAUAUUAACUUCUUGCAGAUGGGCUUUGAGGCAGUCCCACACAGGUGGAGAAUAGGUUGCUUAACAGUUUGUGAUACAUCCGGCAGGUUUGGCAUUAUGUUAUCUAUCGGGAAGGUUUCUGGUUGGUCCUUGGCUGGGGGCAGCUCAGCGCUCGGGGUGACCGGCUUCCCAGUGUGCGUCUCCUGAUUGAGUUCAGACAAUCCCCCAGACAUCUGUGUAGUUUCUGAUCUUGCUUGCUCCUCCUCCAUAACUGUGGACAAAGUCUGUUCUAUGGACAGAGGUGAGGAUGAAAUAUCUAUAGUGUCAUACAUGUUGAUUCAGCGUAUAAUUGGAUCCAGUCCCUUGGUCUGCAAACGUAUUUCUUGGUUGAGUGAGUCUCUUACUGGGGAUUCCUCCUGUAGAAAGGCCAGUACCUCCUCUUUCCCAGACCUAUCAUUAUUCGUAUUCCUGCUGCCCACAUUAGCAGGUUCAUGGGGGUUUGUCCGAGGCUUGUUGAGGUCAUGCAUCUGAAUAAUAGUAACAAUAGUUGUGCUGCCCUAUUGUCAUGCUACAUGUCCCCUCAGCCUGCUUCAUUGGUGGUUUUUAAGCAUCGGUUGGAUGACCAUCUGUCAGGAAUGCUUUAGUUGUGAUUUCUGCAUUGCAGGGGGUUGGACUAGAGGACCCUUGGGAACCCUUCCAACUCUAUACUUCUAAGAUUCUAAGAUAUACCAGGUGCUGGGAUCCUUUAGCCCUCUGGAUGUUGCUUGGCCACAACUCUCAUCAGUCCUAGCAAGCAUGGCCUAUGAUCAGGGAAGAGGAGAGGAGUUGUAGUUCAGCAACACCAACAACACCCCAGUGCAGGUGUUUUAUGGUGGGUGAAAUAGCUGACCUGCUGCUUCUUCUUCUUCCUAAAGGUCGCUGGGCAAAGAUAGCAUCAGAGUUGCCCCAUCGCUCGGGGACUCAGUGCCUCAGCAAAUGGAAAGUUUUGCUGGGGUAUCGGGUAAGUUCAACUUCUAGGGUCCUUUUGGGAUUUAGAAGUGCUCCCAUAAAUAUAAAAACAUAUAAGCAGAGCCAUCUGCAUAAGGUCAACGGCAGUCAUCCAGCAUCCAGUCCUCACAGGGGCCAGCCAGAUGCCCCGAUGGGAAACCCUCAAGCAGAACCUGAGUGAAAUAGCAACUCUCUGACUGUUGUUUCCCAUUGUCCAGUAUUCAGAGGUACAGUGGUACCUCGGGUUAAGUACUUAAUUCGUUCCAGAGGUCAGUUCUUAACCUGAAACUGUUCUUAACCUGAAGCACCACUUUAGCUAAUGGGGCCUCCCGCUGCUGCUGCGCCGCCUGAGCACGAUUUAUGUUCUCAUCCUGAAACAAAGUUCUUAACCCAAGGUACUAUUUCAGGGUUAGCAGAGUCUGUAACCUGAAGCGUAUGUAACCUGAAGCGUAUGUAACCCAAGGUACCACAGUAUAGUGUCCGUGAGCAUGAAGGUUCUGCUGUCAUGACAGGCCACCUUAAGAAAAGCUUGGCUGCUGGAUAAGGCCAAAGGGGGCCCAUCAUAGCCCAUCAUCUUGUCUUGAAGGUGGCCACCCAAAUAUCCCAAUGGGAGCCCACAAGCAGGACCUGAGCACAGCAGCACUGCUCUCCCCACAUGGGAUCCCCAGGAACUGUUAUUCAGAGGCAUUUACUCCUCUAACAAGGGAGGUAAAACUUUCUCUGCAGUUUUCAAUAGAGCUCAUUUCAGCAGUUUGUUCACCCACAUCCCUAGGUUACCAAGGCAGGGUGGGGAAAGGGUGCAGUCAGCUUGGAGGAAACUGCCUUAUUCUGAUGGUGCCUUUGGACCAUCUAGCUCAGUAUUGUUGACGCUGACUGGCAGCAGGGGCUCCCCAGGGUUCCAGUCAUAGAAAUCCUUCCUGGGACCUUUUGCAUGCAAAGCAGAUUAAAAAAUAUAUUUUUAUUCCCCACCCAUCUGGCUGGGUUUUCCUAGCCACUCUGGAUGGCUUACCGCACAUAAAAUGCUCUACCACUGAGCUUUAGCCCUUCCCUGAAAUAAUAAAAUAUGGUAUUCAGAAGCAUUACUCCCUCUGACCAUAGCGGCAGAGCAUAGCCAUCACUGUCUCUUGUUGGAGUUUAGUUAACUGUGCUCUGUAUGAGGGACUCUACUCUACUCCAUGAAUUUAUCUAAAGCUGUGUGUGCCAUGUGUGCUGCACGGCCAAUUAAGAAAGAUAAUCGCCCAAUAAGAUCAAAACCUUCACAGUUGUUUGCAUGUUUAUUCAAAAUCAGAUUGAACCCAUCUUGUUUAAUUAUUCCAGCAAAAUUGAUGAAUUUGAUUCAGGGGCGCCAGCUUUUAAAGUCUGAUACCUAUUAAUUCCACCUCCAGGGCCCCCCUACACCUCCUUGCCUCUUAGCUCCCCUCUAUGGUAUCUCAUUGCCCUCUGUGGAAACAGUCGCUCUAACCACUAUGCCACCAACGCCUCUUGAAAUGUGAACUGGCCAUUGCAGCUGUUCUUGCGAUUAAUCUGAGGUUGCUCUUUUUUCUGUCUCUUGUUUCCAGAAGAGGAGGCGGAAGCCGAAGCAGGAGGGCUGCACCCACCGAAAGCCCCGGCAGCCCAGCCUCUGCUUGUCCAGCAGCGAAGAUUCUGACCUAGAGCUGUCCCUGGAGGAGGAAGAGGAGGAGAGUGUGGAGGAGGAGGCAGCCAGGACCCACAAGGCCAUGGCUGGUGGGCACUGGGAGGUGCCCAGCAUUGACCUCUGGGUACCUACCAGGAAGGGGAUAUCAUCAGAGAACCUGGCCUCUGUCACGCUGCUGUCCAAGGGCUUCAACGUAGACCAGAAGCAUGGGAUGUUCCCCAGGGUCCUGAAGGCGGGGGAGGAGGAAGAACAGCCCCAGAAGGCAGAGGCUUGUCCCCCUGCCACUGCUCCUCCCAGUGAUUUGCCCCCUGCCCUGAUUGGAGCAAAGGAGAGCUUGGUGGAGGAAGGCAGCAAGGUACGUGGGGAAGGGGCCCUGGCUCAGAGGCAGAGCAUCUGGCCCAGGUUUCUGUUUCUUCAGAACCAAGAUCUUACUUUAGUUUUAGGGGAAAGGCUGUAUCUGGUAGGUGUCUGCUUUGUGUGUAGGUUCAGUACCCAAUGGUAGGGCUGGGGGAAACCCCUGCCUGAAGCCCUGGAGAGCAAUUGCUGCUUGUCAGUGUUGAAAAAACUGAUCUCGGUGGACAUAUUCCAUCAGAACCUUGAGGAUUGUUAUAGUCUUUAUGCUGAGGGGAAGGGAUGCACUUCAGUGCUUAGAGAAUGCUCCCUGCCUGUAACCCUGGAGAGCCGCUGCUAGUCAGUUUAGAGACAGUGCUGAGCCAGAGAGACUCCAGGGUUUGACUCCGUAGAAAGCAGCUUCCUUUGUUCCUCAGAGCCACGAGGUUUAGAAACUUACUUCAUGUUAAAGGGAAAUGACCAGCUUUGUAUGUAUAUGAAGCAAAGUUCCUUCUGCAUCUGUUCAUUGCUCAAGAAAAGUCAGAGGGAGAAACUUCUUUCCAGUACCUCGUCCUGUAUGGAAUCAAACCCAGACCUGUAAAUGAGCUGGCUUCCAUUCCUGUGGCAAAUCCCAAUGACCUUUCUGCUAUCAGGCAGGGAAAAGCUUUCUGCAGCUGGUCCAUUUCUCCAUUUCUUCCAGGCCCACAAGAUCAGUUUUUGUGCUCAUGUUAUUAUUUUCCUACAGAGAGGAGGGGAUCUUGUCCCUCCCACUCACUCCACUAGGCAGGAAUAUGCAGAUUCUGAGCUGCACUUACCCUGUAGUGGGAAGGUGGCCCCUCCAGUUCCCAUAUUGCCUUGCUCCCAAUGCAGGUCAGGUGACAGGCCUCUGCUGUCACUCAGAUUUUCCUGAGGAGAUUUUUCUUCAUGGAGAGUCACUCUUUAUCAAUACUAGGAAAUCAGUGAAGUGACUUGUAAGAGAAAAGAGCCACAGAAUUCUGCCUUUACCAAGAGUUCUGCUAUUGGAUUUGGCAGAUUGCAGUGGCUUAGAGGGUGCAUUGCUAAGUGUUAUGAGGGUCAUAAAGGAAUUCCAUAUCUAUAAAAGGUGCCUGGAGGUUCUAGUCCUCAUUAAAAUAUCCAAUUAUGUAUUAUUAUUUUCUCUGUUAUAACUGUAUUCCAGAGUGAGUGGUACCAAGAACCCCGUGUAAGAUUUUGGGCUAUUUUCUGUUGAGUUGUAAUGACAAUUUGAGCUACCAACAUCAUAAAGGUAAAGGUACCCCUGCCCGUACGGGCAGUCUUGCCAGACUCUAGGGUUGUGCGCUCAUCUCACUCUAUAGGCCGGGAGCCAGCGCUGUCCGCAGACACUUCCGGGUCACGUGGCCAGCGUGACAAGCUGCAUCUGGCGAGCCAGCGCAGCACACGGAACGCCGUUUAUCUUCCCGCUGGUAAGCGGUCCCUAUUUAUCUACUUGCACCCGGGGGUGCUUUCGAACUGCUAGGUUGGCAGGCGCUGGGACCGAACAACGGGAGCACACCCCGCCGCGGGGAUUCGAACUGCCGACCAUGUGAUCGGCAAGUCCUAGGUGCUGAGGUUUUACCCACAGCGCCACCCGUGUCCCUGAACCAACAUCAUAUAUAAGACCAAUUCUUUUGAAAAUAUAAAGAUUUUCUGUCUGUGACUUUCUUUCUCUUAAAUGAAAAUAGAUUGGGAUCUGUGUUUGGCUGAUGGGUGUUUCUCCUUCCUGUUUUCUUUGCAGAAUCCCAGGAGGAUGAAGGACUCCUGGAGGGUGUCUUUGGCUUAUGUGAAAUGUGUGUUGAGGAGAAACAGCUAUGAGUUGCAGCGGAGAAACGUAAGUCUCCCUCCCAUGGUUCAGAAGCUCCUCCUGGCUCUCUUAGGUUUAGGAUAAGGAACUUCCCUUGAGAGACAGUGUAGUGAAGUGGUUAGAGUGUCAGACUAGGGACAAGGGUUCAAAUCGCCCCCAUUCAGCCAUGAAGCUCACAAGGUGACCUUGGGUCACAGUCAUUGCCUCUCAACCUACCUCUCAAGGUUGUUGUGGGGAUUAAAAGAGGACUAGGACCUGGGAGAGACCCAGGUUCAAAUUCCACUCUGCUGUGACACUGACUGGGUCACAGUCACUGCCUUUCAGCCUAACCUGCCUCACAGAGUUGUUGUGGAGGAGGAGGACAGAACCAUGUAUGCCACCUUGAGCUCCUUGGGGGGAAAGUUGGGAUAUAAAUACAGUAAAUUAGAUAGGUAGAUCCCCACACUUUUCUUGCCAAUAUGCCUGAUGAUAUUUAGAGGCAUUCAGUUCAGAUUGGCUGUUGGGCGUCAGAGUUAAGCCAGCAUGAUGGGGCAGUGGACUUCGUACCUUCCCCCAUGUGAAUGUGUUGUUGUUUCUAAAAAUACGUUCAAAUGGCUUUUAAUGAGGCCUGCUUGGUUGGAUGAAUCUGUUUCAUUCUCUUUCUACCAAGAUACCCUCUUGCUUUCAAGGCGGCUUUCAACAGUUUUAAACAUACUGUAUUCCAGAGUUUAUUUGUUAAAUUUAUAACCUACUGUUUCUCCCUAAGGAACUCAAAAUGGCAUACAUGGUUCUGCCUCCCUCUUUUCUUUUCUUUUUAAUAUUUACAAUUAAAGCAGCUUAAAGAAAACACCUCAUUGGGCAAGCAACAGCAAGAGGAACACACAUCAGGCUGGUACAAUAAAAUUAGAAAACUGAACAUACUUCUGUCCAUGUUUUUCCUUAUUGGCAUAUGUAAUCACACCAGACCUCUCUCUGCAAAUUUAUCCUUUUUACUUGGUGACCUGGAAGUGCGUAGUUUGUUGAUCAGCUUUUAUAGUAAAGCCACUUCCCAAACUUUUGAAUGCUGAAAAGUGUUGGCUCCUUUCAGGUCUCUCUAGAAAUGAGCCGUUGUGGCCCUAGUGGACCUGAGUAUCCUUCGGGCAGAGGACAGGAUUUACUCCUCUCUAUCUCUCUCUUUCCACAGCAAGAAAUCAACAGGAAGAAGCGUUUUGCCUUCACAUCCCAAACAUGUCUUGCAAAAUCCUUGGCACCAGCCAGCAGAGAAGGAGGCCAGCCCCAGAAGGGACAGAAGGAUGGGAUGUUGAAGACCACCCUUUUCCGACGGCUGAUGGUGGCCGUGAUUCCCUGGGCUGGGAGCCUGGUCCAGGACUGGGCCCAGCGCCUCAAGACAGAAGCUGCUCAUAGGUCUAAAGGUCCGACCACCAGCAGCUUCUGAGCAGAUUCUUCUUCUUCUGUAUUUGACUGAAGUGUGUGUGUGUGUGUGCACAAGUGAAUGUUGAAUACAUGAUGGUUAAGCCCUUUCUUGGGAAAGCUUAACUUCACGCACAUAGCAAAACAUUUCAGAUCAAGGGGACAGAGUGACUCCCCUAUAAUUUGGAUGUUGUUUUUUUUAAGAGAAAAUGUAUAUACAAGGCAACAUGAUAGAAGUUUAUAAAGUGAUGCACAGCAUGGAGAAAGUGGAGAGAGAAAAGUUAUUCACCCUCUCACAGUGCUAGCACUCAGACAUCCAAUGAAGCUGAAUGUUUGAAGAUUGAGGACAGAUAAAGUCCUUCUUCUUCAUGCAGUGCAGAGUUAAACUGUGGAGUUUACUCCCAGAUGGGGCAACCUGGGUGGCUUUAAAGGAGGAUUGGACAGAUUCUUGGAGGAGAGGGCUUUCGAUGGCUACUAGCCAGGGUUGCUAUUCUUUGCCUCCACUGACAGAACAGUGGGCCUUUGAAUAUCAGUUGCUUGAAGCCACAGGAGGGGGGAGGGCUCCUGUGCUCAACUCCUGCUUGUGGACUUCCCAUAGGGCGGUGUGGGUGGCCAUUGUGAGAACAACAGGCUGGACUAGAUGGGCCACUGGCCAGGUGCAGCAAGCUCUUAUGUUCUUAAUUUUUUUUUAUCCCUACAGACAUAAUAUUUCAGUUUGAGCAAUGAGAAGCAUGGCAUGAAGAGAGGAGGAGAAUAUACAAAGUGCUUUUUCUUUUUGGCUCAAGGUUCUGGUCCUGUUGAUGGACUCUCACUUUUUUCUUUCUUUCCAGUGGAAUUAAUCUCCAAGCGGCUGCAGGCUGCCUGCCUCACAAGCACACCCCUCUUCACCCUCUUCAUCCAGGUGUGGGGGGGGGGAGUUCUGUGGGAAUGAUGUGUGUAUCACCAGAAUUAGUUUAGUGGAGAGUCUGGUAAUCAGCUAAGGCUCCUUGACGUGUUUUCUAGAAAUCUUCAGAGGAAAGACCACUAUGGAAUGACAGGGCACAGUUAGAAUCAUAGAAUUGUAGAGUUGGCUGGAGGGUCAUCUAGUUUAACCCCCUGCAUUGCAGUAAUCCUGCCGAGAGCAACCCUGGGUGGGCUUGAACUUACCAGCCUUCUGGUUUAACAGGCAGGUGCACUAACCCAUUGCACCACAAGAUGUAGUCAUUUCUACCAACUUGGAUGGUGCUCAACCUUAGUCUAUUUGCCUCACAGUGGCUACUAGCCACAAUGACAAUGAAUUACCUCCACUGUUGGAGGCAGUAAAUGUUUCUGAAUUCCACUUUAUGGGAAUUGCAGGUGGGGAGCAUUGCUGUUGUCCUUGGGUCCUGCUUGGGGGCUUCCCUUUGAGGUGUCUGGGCGGCCCCUGAUUCAGGUAGGUAGCCGUGUUGGUCUGAUGCAGUCAAAAUAUAUUAAAAAAGUAAAAAAAUUGUCCAGUAGCACCCUAGCAACCAACUAAGUUUGUUCUGGGUAUAAGUUUUCAUGUGCAUGCACACUUCUUCAGAUACAGUGAAAGAGAAGUCACCAAACAUAUAUAGUGGGAGGGCAGGGUGGGGUUUUUCUCAGAAGGGUAGUAGAUGCAUUGACUCAAUGGGUAUUGGAUUCCUGUCUCAUUACAUAUGCUAAUCAUCUGCAUACUAUCCCUUGCUUUUUCUUGUAGGACUAAUUGCAGUCGUUAACAGUCAUCAACAGGUUUAUCCUACCCAUUGAGUCACUCACCCAUCUCCUACUACCCUUCUGAGAAAAAAACCCCACCCCACCCUCCCACUAUAUAUAAGGGUCUGGUGACCUCUGUUUCAGUGUAUCUGAAGAAGUGUGCAUGCACACAAAAGCUUAUACCCAGAACAAACUUAGUUGGUCUCUAAGGUGGUGCUGGACAAUUAUUAUUAUUUUAAUAUAUUUUGGGUGGCCCCUGUGAGGAUAGGAUGCUGGACUAAAUUGUGCUGAUCCAGCAGCCAUGCGCUGACUGUCCAGAGGCAGUCUAUUUUGAUUCCUAAGUUUUUAGGACGGCUCUGGACCAGUUAGAUCACCCUUGGCCUAAUCUCACAGCCAGACUCUUCUUAGGUUUUAUAUAUACUGACUCCAGUGUGCAAGGCAGGUCAUGUCUCUGAAUGCCAGCUGCUGGGAAUGACGAGUGGGGAGAAUUGCUGCUGUUAUGCUCAGUUCCUGCUUGUGGGCUUCUUCCCAUUGAGGAAUCUGGUUCACCACUGUGAGAACAGGUUGCUGGACUAGAUGGGUCCCCUUGGCUGCAGGGCUUUUACGUUCUUGCCAUCACCAAGCGUAAGCUGCAUUGGAUUAUUUGCUUUCUUUUGAGCCUGCCUUUUCUCUGCUUAGUCUGACUCUGCCUGUGGGACUCUUGCAGCUGCUCCAGAUUGACAUCCAUGGCUGCAUGAAAGUCAUCCACAGGAGGAAGACGCGGCAGAGGGAGCUGCUGAAGUCUGCCAUUGGGGAGGCAGAGAAGACAGAGCAGGUAUGAUUUCUAUUUAAUCAUAAAAAUAUUUGUGCCAUUAAAAAAAAUCUAUCAAAGUGGUUUACAGCAAACAAACAGACAUUAAACCACACAAGAAAAAAACGCUUUGAAAAGUUAAAAACAGACCUCACCUAACCAGUGUGGAAGAAUGUCUUCCUAAUUGCCUGCAUAAGCCUGGAGGAAUAGUGAAGUUUUCAGCAGGCAUUUAAAAGCUGGCACAGAAGGUGCCUUCUGAAUCUCUAGUUGCAGAGAGUUGCACAGGACUGGGCCAAUGGCACUCAAGUUUCACUUUGUUGUUGCUGCUGUCAAGUAAGCCUCACCAACUCAGGGAAUGACUGACGAUGCUCCUGUAGAUGAUCUCAGAGAUCAAGCUGUGAUAUUAUAAGGGUUAAGGCAAUCCGUGAGGUAUAAAGGACCUAAACUGAUCAGAGCUUUAUAAAUUAAUACAAGGACCUGGUUCAAUGGGAAAUGGGCAGCUGGUGCAGCCGUUUUAACAAGGGGGUCCCCUGUUCUCGACCAGAACUUCUCACCAGCCAUCUGGCCACAGCAUUCUUUUAUCAACUGGAGCUUCCAAACCAAACCCAAGGGCAGCUUUAUGUGAUCUCUGCCACAUCUCCUUUUCCAAGCUCUGCUGUGUCUGUAUGCUUCACUGGAGGUUUUAAAGCAGAGGUUGGGUAACCAUCGGUCAGGGAUUAUUGAGCUGUGAUUCUUGCAUUGCAGGGAGUUGUGCUGGAUGAAUCUUUGUGGUCCCAACUCUACAGUUUUAUGAUUUGUAGGACGUUUGAACAACAUUGAUUGCUGGAAUCAGCUUGGGGGUUGUCGAGCAGGGACUGCCGCACUCUUCAUGGCAGCUAAUAUCAUGAGUUUUCCAGAUCAACUAGACUUUGGGUUGAUUGCUUGAAGCUCUGUCAUGGCUUAGAUACAUAGACCUGUGGGUGGUUCACCUGCUUCACAUGCAGAAGCUCCCCAAUGGCAGUUCCAGGUAGGGCUGGAAGAGACCCUGGCCUGAAAUCCUAGAGAGUCUUGCCUGCCAGUCAGUGUAGACAAUACUGAACUGGAUGGAGCAAUGGAUCUGACUUGGUAUAAGACAGCUGCCUCCUUCCUAUUUAAAUCAGUAGCACUACAGCUCCCAUCAUCCCUGACCAUUGGUCAUUCUGUUUGCUGAGGAUGAUGGACUCCCAACUUCCAUCCUCAGUGGCCAGCAUCUGGAGUGCCCCUAGACCCAUUUCACUGGUAACUGGGCAGGAGAAAUUCUUGGAAAGGAGGUAGACAUGGGCCAAAGCCGCCUGCCACCCAAAGCAACUAAUUGUUCCCUUCUUUUGCAGGCCCCCUCUGUGCAAGAUCCAAAAGGUAUUUGUCCUUUUCUGUUGUUCCAAACUAGUCUCGACAGUCCAGCCAGUCUACACAAUGGUGUUUCGGGUUAGGAAGAGCUGCCCAUCUCCUCUUUUGCAAACCCCUUGCUUUGGCCUGGCCUGGAGUGGCCCAUUAACCUGUUUCCUGAUCAGGGGAGAAGAAAGUGGCUGCCAUUUUUUCCACAUGGAAAACACGGCCGUCGGAAGCAUCCUUGCUGCUCUUUUGUGAAUUUCAUUUAUAUUCCACCUUUCCUCCAAAAAGCUCAAGGUGGUGUGUGCAGAGUUCUCAUCCCAUUUAACCCCCCUCACAAUAACCCUGUGAGUUAGGCUAGGCUGAGAGGCAGUGACUGUGACCCAAGGUCACACCCAGUGAACUUCAUGCCCAUGUGGGAGAUUUUAACUUGGGCCUCCCAGGUCCUAGACUGGCAAACAAAAACUGGAGAGUUGCUGUUGCGCUCUGGUCCUGCUUGUGGACUUUCUGUUGAGGCACCUGGUUGCUGCCAUAGUCCCGUGUGGCCCAGCCAUGGCAGAGCUUAGUAGCGGGAGAGGCCAGCCAACCAGCCAAGUCUCAGGGGGAUAUUUGCCUAGAGGCAGAGUCCGUAUGCAAGGUUCAGUCUAGUCCUAAGGUCAGGAGUAUCUCAGUUCACAUAGUCCAGGGGUCAAGAAAGGCGAGAGUCCAAGGUCACGAAAAGCAAGAAGCAGCAAGGUCUGUCCGGGACAACAAAUGUUGUUUCCAGUAACUGACUGAGGCUGGAAAUCCUGCCUAAGAAAGCUGGAGCCUGCUGGUUCACAUCAGGAACAAGAAGGCUGUUCAGCAGCAGGUGAAGUCACUUUGCCUCCUGCCUCUUCAAGCUGCUGCUCAGCGGGUGAAGCCAAUUUCUGGUCCAUGACACCUGCUCCUGUGAGGAGAGGAUGCUGGCCUAUAUGUGCCCCCUUUGGCCUAAUCCAGCAGCCAGGCUCUCCAUAUCUUCUUAUGGAGCCUCCAGGCCCAGAGGCAGGCUACCUUGAUCCCAAGGUUUAUAGGGCAUUUGGCCACUGCGAGAACAGGAUGCUGGAUUUACAUUCUUCUGUCUUUGCCCAGCCCAGUCCAGGAAUGUCCAGAUGGCCGUCCAAAACCCAAGCAAGAAGCUCAUCCCCCUGAAGGCCAAAGAGGGGCUGGUUCCUGCUUCCUCGAAGAGGGCCCUUUCCCCGUGUUGCCCAAUCUCCAAGCCCAAGACUGUCUCUGAACUGCUGCGGGAGAAGAGGCAGCGGAAGGUCCCACAGCUUCUCUUGCACCCCUCGGUAAUCAUUCAGCAGCCAAUGGUUCCAGCCGGUGCCCAGGUGGCAAGCCAGCUGCCAUACACCAGGGGGUCACCAUUGCCAGCACUCCCUCCAGUGCACUCGGUCCCAUCGCUGGGAAGUCAAGUGAAAUCUCCGGAAACAGGGAGGGGAGAGGAUCCCCCUGGGAAUGGCAAUCAAGACAGCAGGGAGGCUGCAACCGGCACAAGCACUGCCGCACCUUUGGCGCACCCAGCACCGGCAGGGCAAGCUACCCAUUUGCCCACCUCUCUGAAUCCUGCUGGUAUCCAGGGGGCUCUGUGCCUGCCUCAUGUUGUUUCGCAGCAGAGCCCAGCCAACACAGUGCCCAUAGCACUGGCGUCACCAGGAGUGGUCUCCCAGCCUGGGGCCAGCGCAGUCCCCGGGCAGCAGGUCCUUCCCAUCACCUGGGUCUUGACCACGCAGGGCCUUGUCCCCAUGACCAUUGUCAGCAUUCCCAACCAGGGAAACCAACUGCCACCCACAAAAGAACCACCCAAAAACCUGGGCCAAGUGGCCAAGGCAUCUUCUGCUCUCAUGGUUCCAAAUGCUGCAGGCAUGGCUCCAGUGGCCUUUGUGCCACAGAAGCCACACCCGGUGGCCACUUGUGACAGCCCACAGAACCACAGGGGCUUUCAGCAGAGUGGCCUGUCGCCUCCUCUCCUGCCUGCCACCUUGUGCUCCACGGCACCCCCUUUGCCUGACAUUUCAUUGGGCAAUGCCCAGCCCUGUCCUGUUCACGUGAAGCCGGCACCCCUCCAGAACCAGGUCUCCGGAGACAGCUCCCACCCUGCCACCCUGGGAAUCGUCCAGGACCCAGUAGUUCAACCCCACCCUGCCCCGCUGCAACAGGACAAGAUCACCCCUGACUACAGCUUCAUCUCUCUCAAAGAAGCGGCGGUGACGAAGGAGUGGGCCAAAGGAGGGCCAGCAAUGCUGCAGCCUAGCCUGCCUUACAUGCCUGCUUUCCUGUGUAGCUUGAAAGCCCUCUCCAUGCUGCUGCUGAACAAAGGGGCCCUGGAGCACAGCAUGGUUUCUCUCGUGGCCUCCGGAGAGGAGGUGGAGGGGCCUGGCCAGCCAGAUCGCAACACCCAGCUUCGGGCAAUGGUGCAGCAGAACCUCCAGGACAACCCUGCCUACCAGCUCCUGAGAAGCCGCUUCCUGGCCGCCUUCACCUUCCCAGCUGCCCUUGCAGCACUGGCUCCUUCCAGGGUGACGACAACCCUAUCAGGCAAUGAGUGGGGCAAAAGCAGCCAGGAGGAAGACUCAUGUGCGUCACUGUCACUGUCCGAGGAAGAAGAAGAAGAAGGUGGUGAGACUGGGGCAGGAUCCUGUGGAGCAGCAGCGGGUGAGCCCUGGGAGGCAGCGGAGGAGCAGGAGGUAAGCCUAUUUAUUUUAAACAAUUUAUCCUUGAGGCGGGGGGUUGGACUAGAUGAUCCAUGGGGUCCCUUUCAACCAUACAGUUCUAGGAUUCAAGGCUUUAUAUCAGUGGUUUCCAAAGUGAGUAGCACUAUCUCCUGGGAGUUAGUGAGAUUACUUUGGGGUGGGAGAUGCUAAAAGGAAAGGAGGUGGUUGUGGGGUGUUGGAGGUGGUGAUUUAAGACUCCUGCUAAGUGAUUUUAAAUCAGGAAUUUGGAAAUUAGUGUCACUUCAUCAAGCCCAUCCACCACAUUAAGAAUUUUAAUAGAAUUAUAUUAUUAUCUCAUGCACCUCUCUCUCUUUCUCUCUUGCAGGAGGCAGGCAUGGGCAGUGCAGAGUUGGACCAGCUCAGCUCCUCUGGGAUUCGGAGAAGCUCCCGGCUAGAGAAAAAGCAAAGGCAGCGGUGAGAGGAAUCAGCUCAGUAGCUCCUUGGAUCAAGGUACCUUCUCUUUUUGGCUAAGUUUUUUCACUUCCACCCAGAAAGCAUGUACUUACAAAAGAGUGAAGCCAGCACACUGGAACGUAUUUAGCGUUUAUCUAGCUCAGUGUGGUCUGUACUGACAGGCAGCUCUGGCAGUUCAGGGUUUCAUGCCUAGGGGUCUUUCUCCCCAUUUCCUGUCUGGAAACACUACCGGUGGGGUUUAGCCUGGGACCUUCUGCAUGCAAAGCAGGUGCUCUAACCCAGUGGUUCCUGCCUUCUGCUUUCCAUCAACUCAUCUCCAGCGCCCCUACCUUGUAAAAAGCAUUAUUUGGAAUAAUGGUUUGCACAACCCACUAAGGAAGAUAAAGUUGGGAUGGCCAUUUGUCAGGGGUGUUUAGCUGCAAUUCCUGCAUUGCAGGGGUUGGACUAAUGACCUUGGUCCCUUAUAAUUCUACAAUUACAUGAUUCAAAACAGUCACAAUUAAUUGUACAUUUAUUCAGAAUCAAAUCAGACCUUCAGCAAAACUGAUGAACUUGAUCCAGUGAUACCAGCUUUUCAAGUCUGAGAGUCACUUAGGAGUCUUAGAUACCACAUUUAGGAACAAAUUCACUGUUCAGUAAAUUCUUAAAGCUGGAUGAAGUUUCCCAUUGCCUAAUUUAAAGUCACUUAGCAGGAGUCUUAAAUCAUCAGCUCUGGUGCCCUCAGCCUUCCCCUUGCCUCUUAGCAGCACCCUGCUCUCCAGGGGGGUGUUAUUGCCCACUUUGGGUACCACUGCUCCGGCCACUGAGCUAUGUCCCUUCCCAGUGUUGCUCCAUCAGUAACAAGUGCUUUGACCCUUCCCAUCAGCCUUUCUUCUAGUGUAAUUCCAAGUGUGAAUCUUUGUCUCUGCUUUUUGUUUAGGCAUCUCCAACACCUCAGAGACAGAGAGGGUGGUCUACCUCAGCCCUACCACUAGCAAUACUUCAGCACGCCAGUUUGGAACUCUUUUGGUUUACACAGUGACUUACACUUAUUUGUAAUAAUUUUGUGUCUGUGGUCCUCUGUGUGGGAGAGAAUGAACUAUCCUGUAUAUUUCCCUUUUCCAACUGAUUAAUGGAGUUUUCAUUCACUGUGGGAGAGCAGCCCCCUUUGUUUUGGGCAGCCACAGAUGUAUUAGCCAUAAAGCCCAACGUCAUAAGAUUUCUUGAUGGCUGUGGUGGGGGUUUAAAUAGUUCUCUAUUGUUAUGCCCUUUAAAAAUACCAGACCAGAGGAUCUUUUUUUUUUUUUUUGUAUAUUUGUACUGUUGUACAUGUUUAAUUGAUUUUGUUGUUUUCCUGUAAACUGCUUUGAGGUUUUUUGUUUUGUUUUGUUUUUACAAUCAAGCAAUAAAUUCUAUGAACUAAAAAUAAAUAAAAAAUAAAUCUUCCAGUG